GUCAAGUUUCGUUCUCUUUCGAGAUAAUCUCUGUGUGGUUAUAAUUUAUUUUUUCUGCAGUUUCCUAGAUUGUGGGCUUUUGAUUACACUACUAAUUGAUUGAUUAUAUCUUGCUUCAAAAAAAAUUUGGAGUUUCAUUUCAUUUCAUUACAUGAUGGUGGGAAACAUGGACGUGUCUUGGUUGAGAGUUCUCUUAGAUAACAUCUCCUCAUACCUAAGCAUAUCAUCCAUAGACACUUUACAUUCAAACCCUGCUCAUAAAUAUUACACCAGAGGAGAAGACAUAGCCAAGCUUCUUCAGCCUGUUCUUGAGAACCUUGUUGGCUCUGAUGCCUCUCCUAGCGAGUUGCUUAACAACGGCUUUGAAGAGCUAUCUCAAUACGUUGAUGAGCUAAGAGACCAGUUUCAAAGCUGGGAGCCGCUUUCUAGUAGAAUCUUUUAUGUUCUUCAAAUUGAAUCAUUAGCAUCAAAAUUGCGAGAAUCCAGUUUGGAAGUCUUUCAGCUGCUCAAACACUGCGAACAACACUUACCUGCUGAUUUGGUUUCACCUUCCUUUGAGGACUGCAUAGAACUUGUGAAGUUAGUAGGAAGAGAUGAAGUUUCAUAUACUAUUGAUCAAGCUCUAAUAGAUCAAAGGGAAGGUAAUGGACCUACUUCAGAGGUUCUAGUCAAAAUUGCUGAGAGUGUUGGUCUAAAAUCCAACCAGGAGAUUCUGAUUGAAGGUGUGGUGCUUGCAAGUUUAAAGGAGAACGCAGAGCUUACAGAGAAUAACACUGAAGCUGAGUUUAUAGAAGGAUUGAUCUCUCUUACAACACAAAUGCAUGAUUACCUUACCAACAUAAAACAGUCUCAGUUAGGUUGUUCUGUCCCUGUACCUCCUGACUUCCGCUGCCCUUUGUCUCUUGAGCUUAUGACUGAUCCAGUCAUUGUAACUUCUGGUCAAACAUACGAACGGGCUUUUAUCGAAAAAUGGUUUGAUAUGGGACUCAUGGUAUGUCCAAAGACAAGGCAGCCUUUGUCUCAGACCAGUUUAACACCUAACUUCAUCGUCAAAGCUUUCAUUGCAAACUGGUGUGAAUCAAACAAUGUUAAUCUUCCUGAUCCUUUGGAGUUGGUUCAGUCAAGUAAACCAUUCCCUCUUCUUGUUGAACCAGCUUCUGAUGAUGAUGAGGGUAACUCUCAGCCUCUUUCUUUGGUUGAUGAGUCUGUCAAGUCAGAGAAAGGUUCAUCAUCCCCUAUGAAGAUGGCUGGAAAUGGCCGUACAGAAUCUUUAGAUGCUGCCAAGAGCAAGAAGCUGCGUCAGGUCCUAAGCAGGUCUGUUUCUGCACCAGGCAUUUUCUGUGAAGUGGUUUCCAAAACCGAAACAAGCACUAAUGCUCCUCCUCCUCCUGCUGCUGCUGAUACAUCAACCGAAAUAAGCACUAAUGAUACAUCAGUCUCCAAAGCCGUGUGGCGACUUCCAUCAGGGAGGCAUUUCCAUCACCCAGGGAUCAUCCCAGCGACCAUAAGAGAAACUGGAAGCAGUUCAAGCAUAGAAGCCGAGGUAAAGAAACUAAUAGAAGAUCUCAAGAGCUCUUCACUGGAAGCACAGAGAGAGGCAACAGCUAGGGUCAGGAUACUGUCAAGAAACAGCACAGACAACCGCAUAGUCAUCGCCAGGUGCGGUGCAAUCAACUCCUUAGUCAACCUUCUUUACUCAACAGACGAGAGGAUCCAAGCGGACGCAGUGACUUGCUUGCUAAACCUAUCCAUCAACGACAACAACAAAUCAGUUAUUGCGGAUAGUGGAGCUAUAGAGCCACUCAUCCACGUUCUCAAAACAGGUAACCUAGAAGCCAAAGAGAAUUCAGCAGCAACACUCUUCAGCUUAUCAGUGAUAGAAGAGAACAAGACAAAGAUAGGUGAAGCAGGAGCUAUAGAGCCGCUUGUUGAGCUCUUGGGACACGGAAGUCUUAGAGGCAAGAAGGACGCUGCCACGGCGUUGUUUAACCUCUCUAUACACCAUGAGAACAAGGCGAAAGUGAUUGAAGCUGGUGCGGUUAAGUACUUGGUUGAGUUGAUGGAUCCUGCAGCUGGGAUGGUGGAGAAAGCUGUGGUUGUGUUGGCGAAUCUAGCCACGGUUAAAGAAGGGAAGAUUGCGAUUGGUGAGGAAGGAGGUAUACCGGUUUUGGUGGAAGUGGUUGAGUUGGGUUCAGCGAGAGGGAAAGAGAAUGCUACUGCUGCGCUUCUGCAGCUUUCUAUGCAUAGUCUGAGGUUUUGUAAUAGUAUUAUUAGAGAAGGAGCUAUUCCUCCUCUUGUGGCUCUUACUAAAUCAGGAACUGCUAGAGCCAAAGAGAAGGUCUCAUUUUACUUUUUGCUCUUCUUGUUUGGUAUGUCUCAUGCAUCAAUGAUUCAAGUAAUUAACUGUUUAUAUGUUUUGGUUUCAGGCACAUAAUCUUCUGAAGUACUUCAGAUCCCAAAAACAAGGUCAGAGGAGAGGAGGCUGAUCUUGGUUGUGUUACUAACCUAUACAUGUAUGAUACAUAUACGUAUAUAUAUGAUGUUGUAUUAUUAUAGUGAUUCUUAUGGAAAACCUAUGUGUAUAAGUGAAUGUCUUAAGUUUAGAGAAUUGUAUACUAUUGUUUCUUAGUAUUAUUAUUUCAUUGAAGCAAAAUAUUUUUUUAUUUAAUUUAACAUAUGUGAGUGGACAUUGAAACUUAUGGGGGCGGCCGAUUUGAUAGUUUCCACAUUCCAGCGAGUUUUUUUGGCAAAAUUUUAAGCCUUCCUAUGCACAACUCACAAGUGAGUAUUGAUAGUAUUAUAUAGUGAGAAAACAUUAUAUUAUACGAUUUUUGAGUGGGAAAGUUUAACUUCUUAAAUAUAAC